CACACACUGAGCGACCGUUGGAGGAGAGGGAAAGCAAAAAAAAAAAAAACCCAACAAUAGAUUAAUAAAUAAAAACACGGAGCACGAUUUUUUUUUCCUCAGAGUACUAUUCUGUCGAAUGAAUACGUUUACAGUGUUUAAAAAGACCAAUGCAUACGAUAUAUUGGCUAUAGAAGCGCCGUGCAGAGCAGCAGUCUGAAGGCGUGCAAAGGGAGGAGGACAGGAAAUUAAGGAGCUACCUCGAAGGUCUCCGUCAAUCCACAUUUCAGCUGGAGCGAGAGGAGAGGAGGCGCAGAGGAGGAGAGAAGGCCGACGAGGAGCGCGAGUCGUGCCUGCUUUUGGCAGCUGUUCCAGCAGCCGCUUGUGUUGUUUUUCGGCUGUUCGGUUUUUUUUUUCUCUAUUUUUCCUCCACCUUGCGUUUCCCUUUCUUUUUUUGAUGAACCGGUUCAUAUUUUUAACUUUAAUGUGAGAUACAACUGCUGUAAAACGAAAGAACGGAAACAUUAUAUCUUCAAGAGAGUUUUAUUUUUGUUCCAUUGUCGAUUUCCGAGGUUCUUUUUGGGUUUUUUUCUUAUGUUUUACAACUGUUUUCAGCUGUGAGUAGCAGGAGCUUCCAUUCUCCAAACGAUCAUCAAAAGCCCUUCCUUCCUUAGUUAGGACCUGAUAACCUGGUAUUCCUGAAGCACCUGAAACUGGCAGCUAUUCUCUUGGUCUUUAUGUGUUUGGGGAGUUGUUCUGUGACCACAGCUUAAGCACCACUCAGCCUUCUAGUCACCUAAGCCUAACUAAAUCCAGCCAGCUCUAGCCUGGUCCAGCCCAGUCCAGCCUGCUCCGAUUAUUUGGACAGGAUACUCAGUUCUGUGUGGACGUGAGGAAUAUGACUGCUGAGACUCUAAACUUCGGCCCAGAAUGGCUUCGUGCACUGUCCAGUGGGGGGAGUGUGACGUCUCCCCCUCCUUCCCCCGCCAUGCCAAAGUACAAGCUGGCCGAGUAUCGCUACGGCCGAGAGGAGAUGUUAGCACUUUAUAUCAAAGACAACAAGGUCCCAGAGGACAUGCAGGAUAAGGAGUUUGCUGCUAUUUUGCAAGAUGAGCCCAUGCAGCCUCUGGCACUGGUGCCUCUCACCGAGGAGGAGCAGAGGAACUUCUCCAUGUCCGUGAACAGCGCGGCAGUGCUGAGGCUCAUGGGAAAGGGAGUUGGAGGGCCAGCACCCGCCGGAGUCGUCCGUGGACGAGGGGCCGCUCGAGGUGGGCGAGGCCGAGGCCGCGGCGAAGGGGGAUUCUACCAAAGAAGUAUUGAGGACACCGAGGUGGGAUUUGGUCGCAACGUCCGAGAGAUUCACCGCAGCCAGAGCUGGGACGACCGGGGCGAGCGACGGUUUGAGAAGCCGCUGCGGCGGGAGGUGGGGCGGCCCAGUUUCGAAGAAAGCAGCGGUCCCGUGGGUCCCGUGAGGAAGGAGUACACAAGGGCUGACAGCGACAACUGGCGCACGCUCCGUGAGGAGCAGGAAGAGGACGAGGGCGAGCCGGGAACCAACUGGAGGCUCUCUGGAUCCCGCAGGGACGAUGGUGGUCCUCGCUCAGCGGGCUGGCGGGACCACAGCGGUCCAGGUGAAGGUCGGCGAAGAAAGUUUGAUUUUGACUUCCGGGACUCGGAGGGUCACGGCGCUGGCCGCCGUCGCGCAGGAAGCGAGGGAUUGGAGGACGACCGGGACGGCCUGCCGGAGUGGUGCACGGAUGAGGAGGACGGAGAGAUGGGGACGUUCGACUCCUCUGGAGCGUUCAUGCCCUUAAAGAAGGGUGGUAAGGAGACAAUCCUGGAGGAAGAUUUGGACUUUAAGGGCAUCGAGGACGAGGAUGAGGACGACGGCUUCCUUGAUGCAGAGAGGAACAAUGGAGACGGAGAUAAAGACAAGGAGAUUAAAGACCUCCUUCCUGCUGCAGGGGAAGAAAAGAUGAAGCCAGCACCACCCUCCUCUUCCUCCUCCUCCCCCCCAGCCCACUGUGCCCCGCCAUCACUGGAGCUCCAACCAGGAAGUGCUGGUCAGUUGAUGGAGAACUCUCAGAUGAACAACAGCCACUCUGUCAAGGCCGGCAGCGCCUCUGCUGAUGACCUGGCCUCGGUGGGGGGCUCCAAGUCCCAGCUCAGCCCCAGCGUCGCCAUCGGCAACGCCUCCACCUCCUCCAACCUACCUCCCCCACCCUCCUCCUCUGCUGCUCCGCUCCUCCCUCCUUCUGGAGGAGACCCCGAGGACGAUGAAGGCCUGAAACACUUGCAACAGGAGGCAGAGAAGAUGGUGGCGUCGCUGCAGGACACGUCCAUGGAGGAGGAAUGCUUCACGCAUUCUCUGCAGCAGCAGGAGAGCCGGAACACAGCGGCUGCUCUGCCGCUGUCUCACGAAGCCGCCAUGAAGUGGUUCUACAAAGACCCGCAGGGAGAGAUCCAGGGGCCGUUCACCACGGUGGAGAUGUGCGAGUGGUUCCAGGCCGGCUACUUUACCAUGACGCUGCUGGUGAAGCGGGGCUGCGACGAGGGCUUCCAGCCCCUGGGGGACGUCAUCAAGAUGUGGGGCCGCGUGCCCUUUGCCCCCGGGCCCUCGCCACCGCCGCUGCUGGUGAGGCAGCUCCCGCCAACGCAGCGAUCGCAGACCAGCCGGGGAUCCUCUGGGACGGGGAACCUGGACCAGGAGCGGCUAAAGAAGCAGCAGGAGCUGGCGACGGCAGCUCUCUAUCAGCAGCUCCAGCAGCAGCAGCUAUUCCAGCUCAUUAACAGGUGCAGUGAGCAGGGUAUGAUGCCUUCGAUGAACCGGUCGAUGUCAGUGCCAGAUACAGGGCCCUUGUGGGACAUGCAUACCUCAGCUUCACAGUCGUCAGGCGGUGAAGCCAGUCUUUGGGACUUAACAAUGAAUCCUAAUACUCAGGGUCCAACUCUUGAACAGCUUCAGAAGCUCCAGGAGAGGCGAGACGCCGAACUCAGGGCGAAGCGCGAGGAGGAGGAGCAGCGCAAGAGGAGGGAGGAGAAGAGGAGGCAGCAGCAGGAGGAGCAGAAACGGAGGGAGGAGGAGGAGCUCUACAGACGCAAGCAGCGUCAGCAGCAGGAACUGCUCAUGAAGCUGCUGCAGCAGCAGUCGCCCCAGCAGCAGGGAUCUGCAGUGGGGGGCUCAGGGUGGAGCAGUGCGCCCUCUUCUGGCCUCUCUAAGGCAGGGAAGUCCCUGACCAUGCUGGAGAUGCAGGAGGCUGAGCGCAUCUUAAAGCAGCAGCAGCGAGCGCAGCAGCAGAGGCAUCCUGGGCUGUCCAUGGGGAGUUCCUCCAUGGGCGGGCAGUGGGCCGACGGCGUGGGCAUGUGGGGCGGUCUGGAGGGGAAGGGAGGAAGCGGCGGCUCCUCCAGCAGCAUGGGGAUGUGGGACGAGGCGGUGAAGAACCAGGCCGGCCUGCGGGGGAACACCAACAACAACCUGGGCCUGAAGAACAGCCGCAGCAGCCCCUCUCUGACCGACCAGUACAUGAUGCGUCGUAAGAGAACGGAGGACGAGGAGAAGCUGCUGAAGCUGCUGCAGGGCAUGAAGCCUCAGGACGGCUUCACCACCUGGUGUGAACAGAUGCUGCACGCUCUCAACACCUCUGCCAACAACUCCUCUUCCUCUCUGGAUGUCGCCACCAUCGUGGCGUACCUGAAGGAGGUGGAGUCUCCCUAUGCAGUGCUGGAUUUCAUCCGGUCCUACCUUGGGGACACAGUGGAAGCCAAAGAGUUCGCCAAACAGUUUCUGGAGCGACGUGCCAAACAGAAAGCCAACCAACAGAGACAGCAGCAACAGCUAUCAAAAGAAGUGGGUGGGUUGAACAUGAACUUCCCUCUGCAGGACUCAAUGCGAGGUAUGAAUCCAAGCACUCUGCAGUCCAUGUUUCAGGCCAACCACAUGGGCAAAGCUGGUCUCUAUGACAACCAGGGAGGAAAGAUGAAGAAGAAGCCACCCAUGAUGCUGCACUCUGAUCCCAGCAUCUUAGGGUACUCAUUUCACAACACAGGCGAAUGUCUGAGCAUGAAUGAGAUGGAGAUGGUGGAGGAUUACUGAUGUGACGCAGCGCAGCAGCAAUAGCUACCUGAGGCCUUUUCUGUCUUUUAAUCAGACAAACCUGAUGACGAAUGUGCACUGCUGGGGAACCGGGGUAGGGAAGGGUGGGGGGAAUCGGUUUGGGUUGGGUUCUGGAAGGGAAGGGAGCAAAGCAUGAGAGACGAUGAAGGGUUAAUCCCUUUAUCUCCCUCUUGUUAUUUAAAAAAAGAAAAACAGGGCUCCCUGCUGCACCAGUUGAUCACUAGAGCAGGGGAGAGGGGGGGGUGAGCCGGGGGGAGGUGAGGAGGGGGUUUCCUCUGGCACUCAAAAGUUUUAAGCACCUUAUUCUGAACUAAUGCACUUUAUUGAGAUGGGAUUUGACUAGUUGUUUAAUUUCAUGUGUACAUUUGUGUUUGAAAUCGAUGCGCGUCCGACGACGCGUUUUCGCACACAUCGCCGGCGCGCAUCUGAACUGGAAGCGGGCGGGCGGGGGGCGGGGAGGGGGAGGAGGAGUCGACGGGACGAAGUUAGGUUUAGAAAAGUCAGGGGGACCUUUUUUAGUUUGAACCGUAUCAGAAAGCAAAUCCUUUCUCAAAAGACAAACACUGUUGAUAUUUCUCUUGUUGAGCUUUUUUUUUUACAUUUAUAUGAAAAGUAAAGCUAUUGAAAAAAGAAAAAUGGAGUAUAAAAAACUUGAAGAUUUGCACUUGCCUAAAAAAAGAAAUGACAAAAAAAAAAACAACAAAAAAAAUCCAACAAAUGGGGUUAGUUUAUAGCAGUGAAUAUUUUUGUGAAUGUGUGCGAGCGAGUGUGAUCCAGUCUGCACAAUGUUCUUUUUUUUCCUGUUGCUUACCGAGAUGUAUGAAACAUAAAAGAGGCCAUUUUUGUUUUUGUCUUAUUUUGUUCAGUAAUUUCUCCUCAUGUUCAGAGUGUGAGUGUGUACACCCCCUUCUUUUGUUUUGUUUUUUUUUCCAAACGGGGGAUUUCAUCUGUUUGUUCCGAGAGUGUGACUGAACCAGAGAGAGAGGGCAAACUGCACAAACAUCCUUUCUCUCACCAGCUCUUCAUCUUCAGAUAGAUUCAAAAAAAAAAGAAAAAAAGAUGCAUACAUUUUGUAAAUGUUAGCUUUGUUCUCAUGACAUGAUGGCUCACCGCUGGUUUAUUUCCCUCUGCCUCUCUGCGGCCCUUAAAGGGCUGGCGGACGCAGCGGAUCAUGAGGGGGGAGUUGGCGCGUGUGCAUCUGAGUGAGAUUUUCUAAGUAUGAAUGAGAGUGUGUGUGGGUGUGUGUGGUUCAGAGGAUGUGUUCAUUUACUGUUCAUAGAAGUGAGUUAAGACUACAGGUACUCAUUUUGUAUGUGCUUUUUUUUUUUCUACGUGUAUGAAUGCACAUUUGUGCCUAAGAACUUUGAUAUAGGGUGCAUGGCCAUUGAGACAUUAACUCUUUUCGAGAGCGGAUGUGAUGUGUGUCGGUGCUCAGCACAUUGUAUGUAAAGUUUGUAAGUUUAUAUCGUAAAUAUUUCUAGUUGUCUUUCGGGGGUGGGUGGGGGUGUUCGGGGUUUUUUUGGGGGUGGUGAUCCAUCAGAAAGGUUAGUCCAGUUCAUUUUUUUUUUUCCUGGGGUGUGAUCACGUUGCCUUUUGUCAGCUCUCGAUCUUGUGAAUGAAAGGUGUCGAGUUUCUGACUCUGGAAAAAAAAAAUACAGCAUCUUUUAAUGUGCGACUGCACAGAAACGGUGCGAGAAAUGUUAGCAUAUUGUGUUACUUACUCGUUGUUGCAAUUUGAUAAUGACGAGUUGUUUUUUUUAAUAAAAAUAUAUAUGGAAUAUAUACAUUAUAUACAAAGUUUAAAAAGUAUUUGGACUAAGAUAAUGAGCACUUGGGGCUGCUAUUUUUGUUGUGUGUUAAUUUUUUUAUUUUGUUUCCCUAAUUUUUUUUUUGUUUCCUUGCCAUGUGAAGUGUGUAUUACUUUUUGUUUUUUUUUUCUUAAAACAUUGAAUGUAUUCCAAAAAAAAUUACAAACCCGUGCUGAUAACAGAUUUUGUUUUUCCUCAGAAGAUUUCAAAAAAUGGAAACAAAACAGAAAAAAUAGCUUCUAAGAGGUUUUCAUUUACACAGUGGGGAAGAAGAAGAAGAAAUGGAAAAUAAAAACUCUGGGUGGAUACAGUUGAACACACUGCCUCUAACAAUCCUGGUCGUAGUGACUCAGAAUUAAAAAGAAAGGACUUAUUUUCUAUUCCAUACUGGAGCUUUGGUUGUUUACAAGCCACAUGGAUAACUGUGGGUGCAGUUUUGUUUUAAUUUUUAAAAGUUUUUUGUUUUAGUUUUUGUUCCCACAUGAGGCGGGUGGGGUUUGCAAGUGCGCUUCUGCCAUAUGGACAAUGAGUGGUGUUGGGGUCUUUUUUCUUUUUGUUUUGUUUUUUCUUUUUCUUUUUUUUUGCUUGAGGACGAGUGGCAGGAAUCUGAACAGCAUGGACAAACUCCUCUAAGUCGGCCUUGUUUAUAUAUAUAUAUACAUAUAUACAAAAAAGAAACCUCGAGGAUGGACUUUGUUUUCUGGAUUGCAGGGCUAAAAGAGCCUUGAGGGAACUGAGAGGCCAAAAAAAAUAAAUGAAUAAAAAAAGAGGAGGACACCUGAUCUGCGCGCUCGUCUUCACCUCAACCCUCCCACGCACUCGCACCCUGCCCUCACCGACUCACCUAUGCACUUUUGUUCAUUCAAGCUGUGAGGUACAAUUCUGGGGAUGGGAGCACAAUUUACAACAGGAGGAUUGCUACGACUUUUGAUUCAAGAAAAGGAAAAAAACAAAAGUCGCCGAAAAAGAUAUUCCCAAACUAAAAACGAGAGACUUCGAGAAGCCCCGUCUUCUCCCACCUCCUGUAUAUAAGCAUAUUUUUGUAUUACCUUUCAAAGUAGAACGAGAGAAAAAAAAAAUUGCAAAUGGAUGAAGGAAAAAAUUUCAUGAGACGUUAGACUGAAUGUUCCUCAUGGAAAAGAAACCAAUAGUUUUCAAUAGUUUUAAGUGGACUCGCUGCGAGUUUCCCUUUAUAUGCCACUAACCUUGAAAUAAUUGGGGGAUGGAAGGGAAACGAGCGCGGACUGAGGCGUUGGAUAUGCCUACUGGUGGCUGCUUGUCAAAGCGGAGAUUGGAGUGGCCACAAGAGUUUGAUCAACUCGCACAGUCGAGAGCCGGACGCCGUUCUGAAGAGCCGUCGCCAAGGACGCUUCCACUUGGUUUUCCCAACCUGACGACGGCCUUCAGAGCGAUGGAGCUCCUGCAGGAGGAGAGCUGCGUGGCGAUUGGCUUUGCUUUAUUUGCUGCCCUCUGUGACGAGGAUUUAAUCUGCAGCCGACCCAUGAAUCAGCUCGCCUAAACCUGCUCUUUCGAACUUUUACCCCAAGACACUUGUCUCGUCCUCGGACUGGGCAGGCCAUCGGCAUUAUCAGUCGGACAGUUCAUCGCCCAUUGCGUUUGGCUCGGGGUUUGAUCAGACGCUCUCUGACGAGGAUAAGGGCAACAAAAAAAAGGGGGGGGAAGAUGAUCUCAACCUGAGACCUUGGAGAAAUGGUUCUUCAAAUAUCCGGCCCCAUCCUAUCUAAGAGGUCUCGGACAAGAAAACGCAGAAAGAUGGCGGCUUUUUGAAAUCCCUGCUGCCGUGGAACUGGAUAGACUUGUACAAAACAACAACAAAAAAAGACUCUAAACACAACUAAACACACAAACACGUCGCAGAAAAUUCUCAAGUCCAAAGGAGCGGCAAACAUACACUACAUGCACAUUUCCAGCAGAAGUUACACAUAAUAAGGAUCCAUAAAUAUCAACUCACAGAGACACAAACACAACAGCGCUCAUCAAUUCAAGUGGUGCGCUUUGUAAAUAAUGUAAAAGUUGGUUUGGAUGACUUUUUUUUGUUUGUUUCUCAUUGUGGGGUUUUGCUUUAUUUCUUUGUUCAACAUGCCUUAAAUUGUAUAGCAGAGUCUUGGAUGACUAACUGAAAAUGUUCUCAAUGAUAAAACUUAGUUGGAAACCAUCUUGUUAACUGUAUUCCGAUUGAACAAAGUUUUCAACAGCGCUUUUGUUCUGUUGGCUAACAGAAUUGUUGUGUAUAGACCUCCUUACAUAUACAUCCGAUCACCUUUAAAAGUUACUAGCUAACUACAGAGUAGAGCGACAAGUCUUCAAUUUUUUUUUCUUUUUCUAAAUCUAACUUCGCUGGUGGUUGGAUUUUUGUUGCUCUUUUGUUUUCAUGAAAACGCAGAGUGAAUUUGUUCGGAGUUGAUUUGUUUUGUUGUUUUCUGAAGGUCUGUACUCUGGGGAGCUGAGCUGACCGGGAUGCGUUUCAAUAACCGGCCCCUCGCUGUGCUGCAUCAGUAUGCAGUUUGGGUAAAUUUAGUCAUCCUUAAAUUUCAAAUACGAGUUAGUGCAUUUGGACUCUUUUUACACUCCAGGAGAAUUGUAUGAUUUUAGAAAAGAAUAUAUAUAUACUGUUGUGCAGAUGUGAGAGAAUCUCAGGCUUAUUUACUCUAAAAGGAAGCUUUAUAAUUGGAGAUCCAUUGACCAAGGUUUUCAUGAUCAGUUCUGAUAUAUGUAUUUUUAAGAUCUGGAAUUCUGAUUCUGUCAUCUUAUAUUUUUUCUUUAAUAACUUUUACAGUAAAUAAGAAAAAAAACCAUUUGCAGCAGAUUACUUUGUAGAGGUAAUAAUUUUGAACGGAUGUGACAGAAUUGCAAGAUCGCCAUUUAUGCGUCAGAGCCAGUGGCAGUUCCCACAUUUAACCAAACACAAAACCUGCAUCAGUGCUAUUUUGGAAGCAAAACUCUGUAACACUUUUUAUAAUUUCUCAAUAAGAUCUAAAGUAUUUAUCGGUUUAAUACCAGUCUUGGGGCUUGGCAACUUUUUUUUCAUCCUAAGCCCAGCUGCAGAUCAGAGACCAACUGUAGUCGGUAGCCGGAUGCAGCGAGUUACUUUUUUUUUUUUUUUACAGUGGAAAACUCCAGGGGGCGCUGCUCGUCAUUGACUGAACAUGCAAUUAAGCUAUAAAAAGUUCCUUACGAUGCAAAGUUGCAGCUUAUUUUUUUAUUUUUUAACGUGCAGAUGUUACUUCUCAACCCACUCUAGUACAUGUCGCUCUGGGUGGAGAGCGGUAAAGAAAUACCACUGAUCAAAACAUGAGUUUAAACAUUUCUCUGAUUUUCAUUAAAUUGUCAAAGUACGUGUUUUUAGUUGAUGUCGAAAAUGGUGGGAGUUCUUAUUUUUGCUGCAUUUAAUAUGCAGGAAUGGAAAGUAUCCCUGAUCUACCAAUCAGAGCCGUUCAAAGAAAAUACUGGCCCGAUUCUUUAGAGGAUUGAUUUGCCCCUCUUUGUUUCUAUUUGAAGGUGAAGAAGCCUCUUCGGUCCGGGGUGGUCAACUCCGGCGCUCGAAAUCUACCAUCCUGCAACUUUUAGAAGCUUUCCUUCUCCAACACGCCUGAAUUUUCUCAUAAACAUGCAAUUUAGCUCGGUAAAUGACAGCUAUUUGACCGAAUAGCUUCAGGCAGAAGCUAUUUGACCGAAUAGCUUCAGGCAGAAGCUAUUUGUGUUGAAAAGAGAUUCGUCUAAACAUUGCAGGAUAGUAGAUGUCAAGUCCUGGACUUGGCCACCCUUGAUCUAAAAAGAUUUGAAGCGUCAAGUGUUUUUAAUCAGAUUCUUUUUGUACCUUUGCAAACUACAGAAUGUCAUUUUUAAUCCAAGCAGCUGAUGACUAUCGCCAACUUGUCUAAUUAUCGUCCUUAGCUAUCAUUGAGAAGUUGCAGAAGACUUAGGCUAGAAUUGUUAAAUUGCGACCAGAUGUUUGAAUUUAGCAAGAUAUGCAUUUGCAAAAAAAAAUUAUUAUUCAAAAUCUACUUUAAGCAACUUUAGCAUAUUUUUAAGAUGACAUUUGGUAGUUUUAAUGCACUGAAAAGGCUUUUAAUAGUAUAUAAACUUCAGAAACUUUGUCCAAAAAGAAAAGGAAAAAAGGAUGAUUGGUUACACACUUAUUAAUUGAUCAUGUUAUUCUGUUGCAGCGAAUUUAAAUCCGAUUGUGAUUUCACAGUAAUUGUAUCCCAGUCAGCUCAGCUCCCCUUUGAUUUGAGUCUUUUGAAUGUUGUUAUAAUAACAGCAAACUGUACAUUUAAUGAAACCGUUUCGGAAAAAGAACAAGUGAAAGAAUGUGUAAAUAGUUUGGCUCCUGUUUGAAGAACAAAAUAAAUACUAAAUAAAUGGCAUUUAGCUGUU